AUGUCAAUUAUCCAGGAUAACAAAGCUCUCCUUGGUAUUUUAGCUGCCUCCUAUCUUAGCUACGGCGCUUACAUUUAUCUCCGAAAAUACUGGGAGAGCAACAGAAACUCUUUUGUUCCGAUUGGGAUUGUUAAGGAACUUUAUAUUUACCCCAUCAAGUCUUGUAAAGGAAAGAGCGUUUUCUCUCUGUAUUGCGGUCCGAAAGGAACGAAACAUGGAGAAAUUCAAGACCGCUACUUCCAAGUCAUCGAAGGAGACACUGGCAGAUUCUACACUGCCAGGAAACAUCCGACAUUAGUGUUGGUAGAUGCCAAUAUUGAGAACGGCAAAUUAAUUGUUAAAUUUCCCCAAGGAAACGAGGUUUCCGUUGAUUUGGAAUCAGUCAAAAGUCGACGUGAUGUUCGAAAAACCACUUUACAUGCGAAUCUCCGGACAGAUGGUUUAGACUGCGGUGAAGAAAUUUCUGCGGCGUUCUCGGCAUAUUUGAAUGAGAAAAAUGUGCGCGUGGUGUUUUACACCGAUGAUUUGUUUACUGAAAGAACAUCUGUUUCUAAAUCAUCUUUCUGGAUGAAUAAUCCAGUUCCUAAACGUAUUGAUGACGUUGCUUAUGCUGAUUUGGCCCCUUUCAUGGUUCAAACUGAGGCUUCUCUUCAUGAUCUUCAGGCGCUACUACCUGAUAAAGAUCUCAGUCAACUAAACUUCCGUCCAGGUAUUGUGAUCGACAAAUGUCCUGCUUGGGAUGAAGACAAGUGGUUAGAUCUACGGUUUGGAGAAACAGAAUUACAAUGUUACAAACCUUGCACUAGAUGUAUUCUGACGACUGUCAACCCAAAAACUGGAGAGAAAGAUCCUGAUAUGCAGCCAUUAAAAAAGCUGAGAGAGGUUCGCAUGGCACCGGCUGGACCAAUGAAAAAAGAAUUCAAAGACAGUCCGAUAUUUGGGGUUAAUGCUGGUUUGACUCGUCCUGGAUUUAUUCAUGUUGGACAAGUCGUUUAUGCUCGCUACAAGCCAAGUGCUUUUUAA